AUGGAGUUUGAAAUGAAUAGUCCAAUGGGGGGACGACCUCGGAUCGCUUUUCAGUUUUGCUCUGUUAUGCGACAGCAAUACUCCAGCGAUAGUUUACAGUUGUGUCAGAGAUAUCGCUAUUGCACUCAAUUGCACACAACCAUAGCUAUCGGCGCUUCUGGUGAUCUGACCUCACUAACUAACUGUUCCCUACUAAACACGGAUAUAACCAGUUGUGUGACCAAUCAUCACUCGGGUGACGGCUAUUCAUCCACUUCCUCCUCUUCCGCUUCUUCGCUCUAUUCACGCAACCAUUUGUCAGACAAACCCCACUUCGCGGUCAAAGUGAGGCCCAACAACACGAUAGCGUCGCGGGCGUCGACAGUGUCGUUGUCGGCGCUGCCCUUUCCUUUAGUGCAGAACCCAUUCCCAGCUUCCGGUAUGACUGCCUUGGGUUUGAGUACAGCCGCCGCGUUGGCAGCGCUCACCGCAGCCAACGGUGCGCUCGGAUCCACCGGCUCUUCGGCGAGUCCCACAUCGGCCUCAGCAGCCGCUGCGGCCGCCGCUGCCGCUGCCUAUGGGGCACAUCCCGCCGCCGCUAUGUUUAUGUUACCCACACUUAACUUCACUGUCAGUCAAGUGGCAGCUGUUUGUGAAACACUCGAAGAGAGCGGAGACAUUGAACGACUCGGAAGGUUCUUGUGGUCGCUUCCAGUCGCUCAUCCAAACUGCGGGGAACUCAAUAAAAACGAGUCAGUACUCAGAGCCCGGGCUUUAGUUGCAUAUCAUUCGGGAAACUUCAGAGAAUUGUAUCAUAUCCUCGAAAACCAUCGCUUCACCAAAGGUUCACAUUCCAAGUUACAGCACAUGUGGUUAGAGGCCCAUUACCAGGAGGCGGAAAAACUCAGGGGUCGACCCCUCGGACCAGUGGAUAAGUAUCGGGUCCGCAAGAAGUAUCCCUUGCCCCGAACCAUAUGGGAUGGCGAGCAGAAGACUCACUGCUUUAAAGAGAGAACCAGAUCUUUACUCAGGGAAUGGUAUCUUCAGGACCCAUAUCCCAAUCCUACUAAAAAACGCGAAUUAGCCACUGCCACCGGAUUAACACCAACGCAAGGGACGACAUCCGGCUUUCAUGCUGUGGCCAUUCACUCACUAUUACUUCACCAACAAAUACAUCACCAAAAAAUGCAAAUACACGGCGCCGGCAAUCGGGGCUCUUCAGUGUCCACACAUUACUCGAGUGGAAGGAAUGGGUCAACCAAUCUGAGCGGAUCGACCAACACGUCAUCCUUACACCGAUUUAGUGUCGACGCUCUGGCCAGUAGUGCCAACAGUGCUAAUAACCAGAAAUCACAUCUACUAAAUGUGACAUCAGAUGAGGACAAUAGUCUCGCCUCUUGGGAUGCGGAAGGAGAUGACGACGACGACGACGACCCCCUCGAUGUGGGCCCUCUCAGCCCGACGGCAGUGUCCACAACGUCCGACUCGAGUCGCGGAGGCAGUAGUCCUUCGAUUAAUAAUAUGUCGACAAAUAAGUUGAUAAUGAGUGAUCGGAUGGAGAGGUGCUUUGAGGUGAGGGCCAGUCGUGGACCCAAUCAAUGCUCUUCUGAAACGGAACCCAAUUAUCACAAAUUGGUUAAUAAGAGAAAUGGUUGA